GUCAAAGUUGGUUUGGGGUGUUGCACACGUGUUGAAUUCAGACUUAAAUGAACUCCUGGACUUUUGCACCUGGACCACCAGUAAAAAUGAACUCCGAGUGGGAUUUAAAGGAAAAGUUGGACAUCAAGGUGCAACUUCAUGAUGAUAUACGGCGUAUUCAAAUCCACAACAAAGAUGUUACAUAUGAUCAUCUUGUUCGGGUGAUGCAGCAGCUUUUCAAUGGGAAGAUUUCAAGAAGUGAUGAACUGCUUCUAAAAUAUAAAGAUGAAGAUGGAGAUUUGGUCACCAUUUUUGACACCUCAGAUUUGGAAGAUGCCCUAGAAAGCAGCAGCCACCACACAUUAAAGCUUAUGAUCUUUUUAAAUUUUCAAGCCCAAGAGUCAGCUGAAGAUAUCAAGAAACAUGAUCAAGAAUUUGUUGCAUGUCAGGUUUCUACUAUCAGAAAAGAAUUGGCUUGCAUCCGUGACCAAGUUCUCCAUUUGCUUGAUGAACUGGAUACACCUCAAGAUACGCUGAGUGGAAAGAACGAUGGAGUUCAUCUUGUGAUAUCUACCGAUACACAGUCAGAAAAAGCUAAUAAUACUGUAUUGCGGCAGUUUGACCAGCGAGAACCAAGAAUGCAUGAUGUUUCGUCCAGCGGCAGAGGGGAAAAUGUAUUGGUGAAGCAUUGCGAAAAUCGAGCUGGUGCCUCUCCGUAUCCUAAUGACUAUCAGCAACAGGCGUUAUGCAAACGUGGAUUUCAACCUCUUUUGAGCUCUACGUCUUACGGCUUGCCAGCAAUCACUGUUUACCCGGAUCCAGAUGAACUGUUCACUCAGGAAUCAGCUAAUUAUCCCUUAUCCAGCUACAGCCCACGACCUGUUCAACAGCAAUCGUAUAACCAUCAACUGAUAUCGAGCUAUCUACAGGAUUCAAGUGAACUUCCAUUUACCGACCCAUCAAGGACAUAUACGACUCGAGAGAUGCAAAUACAGACCUCACCCCAGAGGCACUACGACGAAUAUAACUUUGACGGUUAUCAUCUGCCCAACGCCGUACAUCCCGUUAAUCCAUAUCGUCGCAGUCCUCGGCCGGCCAGAUACCCGUAGAUGACAAGAAUAAAAUAUCUAGUCGCAUAGUUCGAGAGGAAAAAACAAAUAAAAUUGGACAACAAUUAGCACAGAAUUUUCGAAGCACACUCGGAUCCUGUUUACAUUUAGGUUUUGUUGCCGAAAAACCUGUUUAUAUAGUGUUUUUCUCCAGAACACAUUUAUUCAAAGUAAGAUCUGUGCAUGCUAAUGUCGGAAUAUGUACUACCAUUUAUUUAAAAAAAAUUUAGAAUAAAAUUCAUCAUUCUGUAGCUCAGGAUUUCGA